AUGUCAUUCCGCGAGUUGAGAAGCCUCUUCAAAGGCAAAAAUCAUGAACAACUGACGCAAGUAGGUGAAGAUGGUAUUGGUACUGAACCUAAAGGUAUCAUUCGCAAGACUACUAUUACACAAUGCGGGCACGGUUUCUGUAAAGAGUGCAUUGAAAAAUACUUGCGUCAUGGAAACAAUAAAUGCCCUUCUUGUCGUGUUGACUUUCCUAGCUGUCCCUCAUUUAGAGCUAAUGAAUAUUUUGAUGAAAUUGUUUCAAAGUUGUAUGCGGACAAUAACCAGUACGAAAAUGAGGAGUUAGAGCUCAAUAAAACAGAACAGAUUCCUAACGAACAGGUUAAAGCCACCACAAUAUCCCAAACACGAAAGCGACGAACUAACCCAAGUAGAAGCAAACAGUCAACCACUGUAGAAACGCCAAGAGGGGACAAAACUGUCAUUCAACGCAUUCCUGUGUCACAUGGUGAUAAUGGAAACAAUAUUGCUUCUUCUAGUCAUCAUAUGCAACUCAAAAGACUUGCUUCAUCUCAAUCUCGUGACUCUAACAAGAAUAAAAGAAAAGAUUGUGUGAGAGUCAUCCUAGAAAAGAGAGCCAAGAAACCCAUAAGAAGACAAAAGAAAGUUAGAAGCGUUAAGUUAUCUGAGUUUCCCGAUACUCAGAUUAGCUUCCGAGCUAAAUCUUUGAGUCUACAAUGGGGAAGACGUGGCUUGCGUAGUCCUCGCAUGAAAAUUUAA